AUGACGACUUUAAUAACAGGAGGGACAGGGCGGACCGGACUCGCACUCGCCCAUUUAUUGCACGACGCGAAGCGUCCACUCGUCAUCGCGACGCGCGCCGGAGCGGCGCCCGCACCAUUCACCGCCGUCAGAUUUGAAUGGUAUGACUUCGACUCACACGUAGCCGCGCUUUCCGCCCAUGAUAAUGCCACACCAACAUCAAAGAUCGACCGGGUGUAUAUAGUCAAACCGCCGCUCACCACUGACGCGGUGGUCGUCACCUCCUUUAUCGACCUGGCGAUUUCAAAGGGCGUCACGCGCUUCGUGCUAUUGUCGUCGACGCAGGUUGGGCCUGAUCCAAGUUCUAAUUCGCCCGGGAGCGUGAUACACCAGUACCUAAUCGACAGAGGAGUCGAGUACGCCGUUCUACGGCCAACGUGGUUCAUGCAAAAUUUCGAUGCGAAUUUCAAGAGAAGCAUCAGAGACUACGAUUACAUUUUCUCUGCGACGCACGACGGCAAAAUACCAUGGGUGUCCACGGACGACAUCGCACAAGUUGCAUUCGAGUGCCUCACCGCUACGCAAAGCCCCAACAAAGACAUUUUCGUCGUUGGCCCUGAAUUGCUAUCUUACGAAGACGUUGCAGCUAUCGCAUCGAAAGUCCUCGAACGGCCCAUAAGAUUUAAACGAUACACCCUCGAAGAGCAGGCUGCGUUCUACAUCAGCCUCAAGUGGGACCCCAAAUACGCCAAGUUUCUAGCGGAGCUGGACACAAAGAUCGCCCAGGGGUCCGAAGAGGCGGUGUUUGUCGACCCAGAAACGGAAAAAAAUGGUCGAAAGUACGUGGGGAAGCGUACGCUUUUUGAAUAUUUUGUGGCAAAUAAGAAGUUGUGGAUUAAACAGUGA